CGCACAUAGACAAGUCAUAACUGACAUUUUGAUUUUUCUGUUCUGGAUUUGUCAAAAUUGAAAGGAAGAGGAGGCGUCGACUCGUACAAUUUUACAAUCACAAAUUAAAAAUUACUAUAUUUCAUCUUUUACAUAAUGAUUCGUUUUAUUCUCAUCCAAAACCGAGCGGGUAAAACUAGAUUGGCAAAAUGGUACAUGAACUUCGAUGACGACGAGAAACAGAAAUUAAUCGAGGAGGUGCACGCUGUAGUCACCGUCAGAGACGCGAAACAUACUAAUUUUGUUGAAUUCAGGAACUUCAAAAUCGUGUACAGAAGGUAUGCAGGGCUGUACUUCUGUAUAUGCGUGGAUGUGAAUGACAAUAACCUGUGCUACUUGGAAGCUAUUCACAAUUUUGUUGAAGUUCUGAAUGAAUACUUCCACAAUGUCUGUGAACUGGACCUGGUGUUCAACUUCUACAAGGUCUACACAGUAGUGGAUGAGAUGUUCUUAGCAGGAGAGAUCAGAGAGACAUCACAGACUAAAGUCCUGAAGCAGCUCCUUAUGCUCAACUCCUUAGAAUAAAAUCUUCAAAUCAUGUUGCUGUGGAGGUGGCCAAGACAAAGUUAUUGUAGACAUGGAAUCUAUGACAGUGGCCAUAAGUAGCAUUGCUUAUUUACCAUCAAGAGAUCUGCCAUCUCAUUGGCCUCAAAAAAAAUGAGUGAAUCUCAUGGAAUGGUCCACAAUGCAAGAUAUUAAAUAGUUGAGCUGCUGUGGAUUUGUGUCUGUCUUCAAUAAUCUUGGC